UGUCCUUUGUUGACAGCAUGGAGCACGCCCCACUGACAGUUUCAGGAGGGCCCCGAAUUGUAUCCACUGUAAAAUUCGCUCGGUGGGGAAUUCAAGUCUCAGCUCAGCACUUGCGGAAUAUGUCAAUUUCGCCAAAACUGUGAUCCUGUGAGCCAUUGUGUGAGGUGCGACCAUGUCGGUGAGCGAGCAUGAGAACUGCAAGUCCCGCAGCCAGGGCCCGACCAACACGUCGCUGUUCCAAAAAGCCUCGCACCCGGAGAGCGUCCUCAGCCAGCUGGACAACCUGCGCAGACAGAGCCUCUUCACCGACGUGACCCUGCGGGCGGGCAGCCGCUCCUUCCCGUGCCACCGGGCCGUGCUGGCCGCCUGCAGCCGCUACUUCGAGGCCAUGUUCAGCAGCGGGCUGCGGGAGAGCAGGGCGGGCGAGGUGGACUUCGGUGAGAGUGUGCAGCCCGAGGCGCUGGAGCAGCUGCUGGAGUACGCGUACACGUCGCGGCUGGCACUGAGUGGCGAGAACGCCGAGUCGCUGCUGCAGGCCGGCGACAUGCUGCAGCUGCACGACGUGCGCCAGGCGGCCGCCGACUUCUUGGAGCGGAGCCUGGGCGCCGACAACUGCCUGCGCCUCAUGCUGCUGGCGGACGCGCACCAGUGCCGCCGGCUCUACCAGCAGGCCUGGGGCAUGUGUCUGGCCCACUUCCAGACGUACGCUGAAGGCGGGCUGGACGGAGACGGAGACGACGACGACGACUUCUGCGGCCUGCCCGAGGCAAAGCUGGGCGAGCUGCUGGCCAGCGACGAGCUGGAGGCGGACGAUGAGCGGCUGGUUCACCGCGCCCUCAUGAGGUGGGUGCGACACGACGCCGCCGCCCGCCGCCACUGCCUGCCCCGCCUGCUGAGUCACGUCCGGCUGGGCCUGCUGCCUUCCGGCUACCUGGAGCGGGCCGUGGCCCGUGACGGGCUGGUGGCGGCGGACGAGAGGAGCUUGCGGCUGGUGGCCGAGGCCCGGCGCUGCCUGCUGCUGCCCACGUCGCCGUCUCACAAGGAGGCGGCGGCUUGCAGUCCCUGCGCUCGGCCUCGCAGGGCCGGACACACACUGCUGAUCCUGGGUGGCCGCACCUUCAUGUGCGACAAGAUCUACGAGCUGGAGCGUCGAGCCCGCCGCAUCGUGCCCAGGGCCGCGCUGCCCAGCCCGCGGAAGGAGUUUAGUGCCUGCGCGCUGGGGGCCAAGGUGUACGUCAGCGGGGGGCGGGGCUCGGAGACCGGCGUCUCACGUGACGUGUGGGUGUUCGACACGGCGGCGGGCGGCUGGGCCCGGGCGGCACCCAUGCUGCUGGCGCGCUUCGGCCACGGCUCGGCCGAGCUGCUGGGCUCGCUGUACGCGGUGGGCGGCCACACGUCGGCCGUGUCGACGGGGGAGGGAGGCGGGCACCCGGCCUCGCCGUCCGUCGAGUGCUACGAGCCGCGGGCCGACUCCUGGCGCAUGGCGGCGCCGCUGCUCGACGGCGUCAGCAACGCGGCGGUGGUGAGCGCGCGCCGCCGCCUGUACGUCAUCGGGGGCGCGGGCCCGCGGCGGGGGCUCGAGCGGGAAUGGGAGCGCGCCCCCAGCGUCCAGCGCUACGAUCCCGACGACGACCACUGGGCCGUGGCGGCCGCCUGCCCCCAGGCCUGGCGCUACACCGCGGCCGCUGCCGUGCUGGGCAGCCAGAUCUUCAUCAUGGGCGGCGACACGGAGUUCACGGCCGCCUCGGCCUACCGCUUCGACUGCGACACCAACGAGUGGAGCCGGCUGGGCGACAUGUCAGCCAAACGCAUGAGCUGCCACGCCGUGGCCUCGGGCAACAAGCUGUACGUGGUGGGCGGCUACUUCGGCACCCAGCGCUGCAAGAGCCUCGACUGCUACGACCCAGCCUCGGACACCUGGAGCAGCAUCACCACCGUGCCCUACUCCCUCAUCCCCACUGCCUUCGUCAGCACCUGGAAGCAUCGCGACCUGCUCGACACCGACUAGGAGGAGAAGCCCAGCCAAAAUCUGGCAUCUCCUUUUUCAGGUUCCAUGAGACACCUCAACAUCAAUUUAGAAUGGGCCAAGCAAUCAUGAAACUUCACAUCAAGCUGUUGGCACCUGUCCCUCCUAUGAUCUUGGACAAGGCCUUCACUUGGCCCACAAGACC